GGGACUUGGCGAAGGGCAAAGGCAGGCAACACUUAAAAAGGGAAUGACCCUAGGUGGUUGUGACCUGUGAUACCCAGGGCAGGAGGCAUCAGGAGGGGAAAAAAUUCCUUUGCAGCGUCCCAGGCUACAGAGGGAGGAACAUUCAUUGACUUGAAGGGUGCAACCAUCAUGUGCGAACUCUAUAGCAAGCAGGACACCCUGGCGCUGCGGGAGAAGCACAUCGGGCCCUCGUGCAAGAUUUUCUUUGCAGCGGAUCCCAUCAAAAUAAUGCGAGCCCGGGGGCAGUACAUGUUUGAUGAGAAAGGCGAGCGGUACUUAGACUGCAUCAACAACGUGGCGCAUGUGGGACACUGUCACCCAGAAGUGGUCAAAGCUGCCGCGAAACAGAUGGAAUUACUAAAUACAAAUUCCCGCUUCCUCCACGACAACAUCAUUGAGUUUGCCAAGCGCCUUACAGCCACCCUGCCUCAGAAGCUCUCAGUUUGCUACUUCACAAACUCAGGAUCCGAAGCCAAUGACUUAGCCUUACGACUGGCACGGCAGUUCCGAGGCCACCAGGAUGUCAUCACUCUUGACCAUGCUUACCAUGGCCACCUGUCGUCAUUAAUCGAGAUCAGUCCUUAUAAGUUUCAGAAGGGCAAAGAUGUCAAGAGGGAAUCUGUACACGUGGCACCAGCUCCAGAUACUUACAGAGGGAAAUACAGAGAGGACCACGAAGACCCAUCCACUGCAUAUGCAGAUGAGGUGAAGAAAAUCAUUGAAGAGGCUCAGAGCAGCGGAAGGAAGAUUGCUGCCUUUAUUGCUGAAUCCAUGCAGAGUUGUGGUGGACAAAUUAUUCCUCCAGCAGGCUACUUCCAGAAAGUGGCUGAACACAUUCACAAAGCAGGGGCUGUGUUCAUUGCUGACGAAGUUCAAGUAGGCUUUGGCAGAGUUGGGAGACAUUUCUGGAGUUUCCAGAUGUAUGGUGAAGAUUUCGUUCCAGACAUCGUCACCAUGGGGAAACCUAUGGGCAACGGUCACCCGAUAUCCUGUGUGGUGACAACCAAAGAAAUUGCAGAAGCUUUCAGCAGUUCAGGCAUGGAAUAUUUCAAUACGUAUGGAGGAAAUCCAGUGUCUUGUGCAGUUGGCUUGGCUGUGCUGGAUGUAAUUGAAAAGGAAAACCUUCAAGUAAAUGCUGUCAGAGUGGGGGAUUAUCUCCUAGAGUUACUGAACGAACAGAAGGCUAAGCAUCCUUUGAUAGGGGAUAUCAGAGGUGUCGGCCUUUUCAUUGGCAUUGAUUUGGUGACAGACCGUGAGAAAAGAACGCCUGCGACAGCCGAGGCGCAGCACGUCAUCUACGAGAUGAAAGGAAAAGGAAUACUUCUCAGUGCCGAUGGCCCUCACAGGAAUGUGCUGAAAAUAAAACCACCCAUGUGCUUCACAGAAGAAGAUGCAAAGUUCAUGGUGGAGCAACUUGAUGGCAUUUUAACAGUUUUAGAAGAAAUCAUGGACUCCAAGAGUGGAAUUGUGGUCUCUGAGAACACAGCUUGCAGAACAAAGAUGCCUAAGGAAGUACAUGCAGAAUUGUCCAACCCCAGUGCCACCAAAGCCAGAGAAAUCCACAGCGGAAAGAGAAACGGUGUAUGCACAGACCAACAUGCCCUGCUCAGCAAAAGACUCAAGACAUGAGAGCUGAGUGUUAAACAGCAGAUAAAGAUCCAAGGAUACAGCGAGCAAGUGGAUGCCUCUCACCUCUUAGUAACCCUUUAAAUUACAAUCUUCAAUCUGUCUAACUUAUACAUUAAAAGAUAGACUAAUAAUAUCAAUGAUCAAAGUGAUAAACUAUAUCAACAUUAUUAAUGGAGCAUCUUGCGUGGUAAUUCAUUGCCUGCAAUUCUGAAGUUAUUUACUCUACUAAAACAGAGUUUUCUAUUGCAAGAUUAAGCCAGGCGCCUUGCUUCUCAUGUUGCAAUGUUUGAAAUUAGAGAAACAAGUGAUGUCUAUUCCUUCACUUCAGAGAGUUAGUACACUAAAGUAUUUUUAAUCUUGAGAAAUACUCUAAACAGUUAAUAUUUAAACUUUAUAAAUUUUAAUGAAAUAAAAGAUGAGAUAAACAAAAAUGAAGACUAUAAAAUGCAGCGAGCAUUGUAGGUUAUGAUGGUGAAAUCUAAGUCAUUCUGAAAGGAAAUCACAGAGCAGAGAGGAAAAUGGCAAAGAACAGUGGUUGGUAAGAAGCCUGGUUACUUGCCAUCCCGUGGGAACUGAAAGGGGACACACAGAAACACUUGCAUGAGGAUGUUUCUAGAAUGACAGAAGCAGCCAAAGCCCAGCAUGCAGAGUUGGGAACUUUGGUUCUGGCUACUCACAGGCCAUGCCACCUUGACCAAGUUGCUUACCUACCAGGUAAGAAUGGCCCCUCCUCCGAACAUCUUAUCUUUCCCAAGUUCAUUAUCGCCUGCAUCCCACAGAUCCUAAAUUAGCUUUGUCUGACCUGCAUCUCUCCAUUGCCUUCCUACUAGUCACUAAACUUGUUCUUAUUUCAUAAAGAAGAGACAGUAACUUUUCUAUGCCUGUUUACUGUUAACUGAGUGAGAUGUCUUCUUGGGAGUAUGAGCCUGUUCUUUAGAUAAUGGUAUUUUAGGGGACUCCUUAUCUGUGGGUAGCACAUGUGGAAGGCCUUGAAUUGUGGUUCUGAGAGUCUGUUUAAAACAAAAAACAAAACAAAAAAAAAAAAAAAAAAAAAAAACAAGGCAAACUAAACAACCAUAUAGUGUUAAUUCCUAAUGGAACAAACCACUGAUCCUUGUGAGAAAAAAGAAGGCCUCUGUAGUAAGCUUUCCACAAGUUGCUAGUUGUCUUUUCAAGGAGUGGUGUCAUAUCAGGGGCUCAACAUUGUAUUCUGCUUCAAUCAGCCUGGGUAUUAAUAAGGGAGGAGCCUAGGCUGCUGGCCCACUUGUUGCCUUCAUCUCUACCUCCAUGUGCCUGCUGCUCAUGGCUCCAUCAUCAUUUGCCUGCUUGAAUGGCCAGUGUUACUUCUGUAGUGGAUGCUUCUGGUAGGCAGUAAAAAGUGAAACAAAAAAAAAAAAUCAUAGCAUGGAGUAUCCAUGCAAUAUGGUCAUUUCCAUGCCUGUGACCCAUGUCUUUUGUUCUAGUUCUUUCGUGUUCCUGAACAACUAACUAGACCAUUUUCAGCUACUUAUGCACACCUAUCAUUUCUUCCAUGCAAGGCAGAUGCCCACACACACCACUCAGAGCUCUGCCUCCAGGAAACUUUUCCAUAGCCACUCUUUCAAGACCCCAUUGAGAAUAAGCUAUAAAGCAGCCAGCAGGCAGUGACAGAAAUGGCGGGUCUUUGAAUCAUCAUGGUGUUUAUCCCCUGUUAUCUUAACCAAAUGUGUCUUCCCAGCAUACUGUUAUCUUCUGUGAGGGGAGCUUCUCUGGAACAUCCAGCUGCAUCAGCUUAGAGGUCUCAACAAUGGAUCACCAGGAUGUUCUGCAAAGUACCCAGAGGCUCCAACCCCAAGUUAUAACAACCUAUGUUAUAACAAAGGGCAUGAGGGCUAAUAAGGCUUUAGAACACAACUGUAAAGAAUUCUGUGAUCAAGAGAGGGGAGAGGGCUCUGUUGGUAAAAUGCUUGCCACACAACCAUGAGGACCUGAGGUCAGAUACCAGGACCCUUGUUAAAAAUAAACAAAUAAAUAAAAGAAUAAACCUGGUUCCAGUGCACAUUGUAAUCCUUGAGAUGAAGAAGUGGACCCAAAGAAAUCCUGGGGCUCAGUGGCUAGCCAGUCUAGCUGAAUUGGUGAAGUCCAGGUUCAGUGAGAGACUCAGGUUGGUUCUCAGCACCCACAUAGCAGCUCACAACAAUCUGUAACUCCAGUUCCAGAGAUCCAAUGCCCUCUUCUGGCCUCCAAGGGCACUGCAGGCAUGUAGUACAUAUGUAUAUAUGCAAGUACUUAUACAUGCACAUAAAAAUAAGCAAAUCUUUGUGAAAAAUUAAGGUGAUGAACAAAUGAAAAAUACUGGCCUACACAUACACACACACACACACACAGAGAGAGAGAGAGAGAGAGAGAGAGAGAGAGAGAGAGAGAGAGCUUUAGAUUUUUUAAGAGAGAGAUUAAUCUCUGGUAUCCUGCCCUAGAAUGGACAUUGUCUUUUUUUUUAUGCAGGCUGAGUUAAAAAAAAAUGUGUGAGGAGGGAAAGCUUCAGGGACUCCUGGAUGGCCUUCUGCACUGUAGAAACUUCUGUAUUCUACAAGCCAAGGAAACUAUGGUCAACACAAAAACUUCCCAGUGUUUACUCCUUAAAUGUCAGGUAUAAUUUACUAUGUGGUCACUUGUACUUCCUCAGUAGCAAGGUCUUAUGUUAGAAACUCAACUGAUUCCUCACUGUAAUGUGCUCUGCAUGUAAUCACUCUUGGAAAUUUUUGAGACAUGUUAUAUGGCCCAUGGUCUGUUUCGUUUUUUAAAAUACUACAUACAUUUUGAAGGGAGGUAAAUUCUGAGAUACUCUAAAUGUGACACAGAAGUCAACUUUUAGAGUCAAGUUUGUAGUGUGUCAAGUGUGUAGUGAAGAUUUUGAUCAUGUUAUUAAAAGAUGUGAAUAAAAUUUUCCCACAAUGCA